AUGGGGGAUCCAGAAACUGGCUCACAUGUAAAUGGGUCGAAAAGACAACUUGUCAAGAGCUUAAAUCGCCAGAAGAAGCCUUUGUUUCAAUCCUGGUUCCAGUUGCUGCUCCUUCUUUGUCUAGUGCUCUUCGUCUUGUGUUACACUCUGUCCAGCAGCUAUGUGCCACGGUGGGACUUCCCUGAGCAGUUCAAGAGGUUUUUAUAUCAGAUACAUCAGGUUCAUCUGACCACACAACCAUCAACUGUACCAUCAACUGUACCAUCUACUGUAGCACCUACAGGUAUACAUUACCACCAAGCCUACCCACACAAUUACCAUUUUAUUAUGGAUAACACAGAGGUGUGCAAGACCAAGAACCCUUUCCUGGUCCUGAUGGUCCCAGUUGCUCCAAAUGAUGUGGCAGCUCGAGAUGCCAUCCGGCAAACAUGGGCUAAUAACAGCCUGGUUCAGGGCAAGGUGGUGCUUACUCUGUUCAUGCUGGGCCUCUCUAAUCGAGAUAAUGCUGAGCAGCUGCAGGAGAAGCUCAAACAGGAGAAUCUGCAGCACAGUGACCUGAUCCAGAGUGAUUUUAUGGACUCUUACCUCAAUUUGACAAUAAAAACCAUGGUGAUCAUGGACUGGCUGGCCACCCACUGCACUACAGCAGCAUACGCCAUGAAGAUUGACUCAGACAUGUUCCUGAACAUUGACAACCUGGUAACUAUGCUGCAGAAGCCAGAUAUCCCCAAGCAGAACUACCUGACAGGGAUGCUUAUGUGGAACAGGCCAGUCGUACGUUCAAAGAACUCUAAGUGGUAUGUCCCUGAGGAGAUGUACCCAGACCCCAUAUACCCGACCUACACUCUGGGCAUGGGAUACGUCUUCUCCAAUGAUCUUCCAGCAGAAUUUGUGGCGAUAUCAAAAUUAAUAAAGCCUUUUAACAUAGAGGACGCUUAUAUUGGAAUAUGUAUGAAGAAACUAGGACUGGCACCCACGUCACCACCAGAUCCCUCUCAGUUCAGGGCCUAUAACACAGGAUAUAAUCGCUGUGAAUACUCCAAAACCAUCACCUACAUUCUUGGGUCUGCACAACAGUUGGUGCAAUACUGGACAGACCUGAAGAAACCUGGACCCUCUUGUUAGGACAGUGACUGUUACAGAUGCACUAAGAAAUCAGUGU